UCUCCGCACGUAGGCUGGGCACGUAGUGCCAGGGUAGUUUGGUCGGUAGGUUUUGGCAGGGACCCGGCCGUGGCCAGUCAGGGAAUAGCGGCUCUGGCCAUGGACGGCUCCUUUGUCCAGCACAGUGUGAAGGUUCUGCAGGAGCUCAACAAGCAGCGGGAGAAGGGGCAGUAUUGCGACGCCACCCUGGACGUGGGGGGCCUGGUGUUCAAGGCCCACUGGAGCGUCCUCGCCUGCUGCAGUCACUUCUUCCAGAGCCUCUAUGGGGACGGCUCAGGGGGCAACGUUGUCCUUCCGGCUGGUUUCGCUGAGAUCUUUGGCCUCCUUCUGGACUUUUUCUACACUGGUCACCUUGCCCUUACCUCAGGGAACCGGGAUCAGGUGCUCCUUGCAGCCAGAGAGUUGCGAGUACCUGAGGCUGUGGAGCUGUGCCAGAGCUUCCAGCCCAAAACCUCAGUGGCACAGGCAGCAAGCGGCCAGAGUGGGCUGGGGAAACCUGCCUCUCAGGAUGUGAGCAUCCACCUCAAGGAGUCGACAGACUUGGAAGAAGAGGAGUGUUCGAGGACUCUGGGCCUGGUUCUCAGGGAACAGGACCCCAGAGACAGUCACACCUCCCACAGGCCCCAGCUCAGUCCCCCUGCUCAGACUGAGAGCCCCUCCUUCCUCCGUGGGAAACUCAAGCAGGCUGUGAAGCCUUGUCCCCCAGAGGACAGGGAGCCAGAGGACUGCAAAGUGCCCCUGAGGCCCUUUGAGGCUCAAGGUGCCCAGCUGCAGGGUGGGAGUAAUGAGUGGGAAGUGGUGGUUCAAGUUGAGGACGACGGGGAUGGUGAUUAUGUUUCCGAGCCUGAGACUGUGCUGACCAGGAGGAAGUCAAACAUAAACAGAAAACCCUAUUCUGCCGAGCCAGCCCUGGGUUCAGGUUCCCUAGCAGCUGAGCCCACUGAGAACAGAAAAGGGACAGCUGUGCCUGUUGAAUGCCCUACAUGCCAUAAAAAGUUCCUCAGCAAAUACUAUCUAAAAGUCCACAACAGGAAGCACACUGGGGAGAAACCCUUCGAAUGUCCCAAAUGUGGGAAGUGUUACUUCCGGAAGGAGAACCUCCUGGAGCAUGAAGCCCGGAAUUGCAUGAACCGCUCAGAACAGGUGUUCACAUGCUCCGUGUGCCAGGAGACCUUCCGUCGGAGGAUGGAGCUGCGGGUGCACAUGGUGUCGCACACGGGGGAGAUGCCCUACAAGUGCUCCUCCUGCUCGCAGCAGUUCAUGCAGAAGAAGGACUUGCAGAGCCACAUGAUUAAGCUGCAUGGAGCCCCCAAGCCCCAUGCAUGCCCCACCUGUGCCAAGUGCUUCCUGUCCCGGACCGAGCUGCAGCUGCAUGAGGCCUUCAAGCACCGUGGGGAGAAGCUGUUUGUGUGCGAGGAGUGUGGGCAUCGGGCCUCGAGCCGCAACGGGCUGCAGAUGCACAUCAAGGCCAAGCACAGGAACGAGCGGCCGUAUGUGUGCGAGUUCUGCAGCCAUGCCUUCACCCAGAAAGCCAACCUCAACAUGCACCUGCGCACACACACAGGCGAGAAGCCCUUCCAGUGCCACCUCUGUGGCAAGACCUUCCGCACCCAAGCCAGCCUGGACAAGCACAACCGCACCCACACGGGUGAGCGGCCCUUCAGCUGCGAGUUCUGUGAGCAGCGCUUCACGGAGAAGGGGCCGCUCCUGAGGCACGUGGCCAGCCGCCACCAGGAGGGCCGGCCCCACUUCUGCCAGAUCUGUGGCAAGACCUUCAAAGCUGUGGAGCAGUUACGCGUGCACGUCCGGCGGCACAAGGGGGUUCGGAAGUUCGAGUGCACUGAGUGUGGCUACAAAUUCACACGGCAGGCCCACCUGCGGAGGCACAUGGAGAUCCACGACCGUGUGGAGAACUACAACCCGCGGCAGCGCAAGCUCCGCAACCUGGUCAUCGAGGAUGAGAAGGUGGUGGUGGUGGCGCUGCAGCCGCCCACAGAGUUGGAGGUGGGCUCGGCCGAGGCCAUUGUGGAGUCCCUGGCCCAGGGUGGCCUGGCCCCCCAGCUGCCCAGCCAGAGACUCUGUGCCGAGAGCUUCACCGGCCCCAGCGUCCUGGAGCCCUCACUCAUCAUCACGGCUGCCGUCCCUGAGGACUGCGCCACAUAGCCACCCGGGCCCCAGCCCAGCACCCAAUAAACCUGGGGCCUUGGACUCGCCCAUCCCUGCCUGUCUGCUCUGUUCCUCCUGACCCUGUACGUGUGGGUCCAGGCCCACGUGAGGUGCCUCUUUACCCACUUGGGCCUCCAGUG